AUGGGCACAUGGAAGGAGAUCCGGCCUCAGUUUUUGCCAGCUGUGAUUACCAUGUUUCUCCUUCUUCAAGUGCUUUUCUUAGUGAAUAUGUGCUAUCUUUAUGCAACGCAAUUCCGAAGUACCACCCGUUAUCACAACUUCAAUCUACUUUACGUGGACUACGAUGGAGGUACUAUCGGCAAGUCAGUGACAGAUGCCUAUCACCAGUUACGAGGAGAUGGGUUCCCGACCUUGCUGUCGGAAUCCCUUGUCGAAUAUCCCCGACCAGAGGACAUUCGAGAAGCCGUGUGCCGCGGUGAGUACUGGGGGGCUAUCUACGCAACUGAGCGGGGAUCAGCCGGUCUGGCGUCGGCACUAGCAAACGGGUCCAGCCCACCGAUCUCACUCACCUAUAUCUGGAACGGGGUAAGGUACCCGGUUUUCUCGCAAGCCGCGGUCUACUCCAACAUUUUGAAACUGAUCGAAACAACACGGUCAACAUACUAUGCCAACAAUGGAUCUUCAGUCGCCGCGUCCGCUAACCUCUCUAAUGCGGCCACCCUCAGAGCGUUCCUCCACCCCAUCCAAGCCGAAGAAAUCAACAUCAAGGGUACGGAACAAGGUACAAGGGUCUUCUACAACACAGUCUCCAUGGUGAUGCCAAUCCUCCAACAGUUCUUUUUCAUCUUGGCGCUGAACGGGAUAUCGACCCAUUUUGAAGCGUUCACAAAAUUGCCCUGGAAAGCCAACGGUCUGAUUCGCGUCAUAGCCUCCAUCCUCUACACCCUCACCGGAUCACUAUUAAUGGCCGGCUAUAUCUGGGCCUACAGAGAGUCGUGGGGACAGCGAGGAAGUCGGUUCGUGCUGACUUGGAUCACUAUGUGGCUUCUAAUGCACAUAAACUUCCUCUUUUUCGACAUCACGACUGCUUUUAUCCCGAUCCAGUUCAUGCCGUUUAUUGUUCUGACAUGGGUCAUUCUCAAUGUCGCCAGUACUAUCAGCCCAUUUGAGUUGAAUCCAGGAUUCUUUCACUGGGGCUAUGCUCUUCCGUCCCACGAAGCAUACCAGAUCCUGAUUCAGAUCUGGUCUGGGGGGUGCAAUAACCGGCUUUAUCGCGCGCUUCCUAUUAUGUUCUCAUGGUGGAUCGUUGGUGUCCCUAUUGCAGUGUAUGCGAUGCAACACCGUUGCAGAACUGCCGUGGCUGCUCAAGAAGCCUUGGAUUGUGCAGGCCGAGAUGGUCAGUCCGAAGCUAAAGAUGCGGCAACGAAUGAGAUAGUGAUGCCAGAUGGUAGCUCACGUGGCGGAGUUGAGCAAAACGGGGAAUCAGUUGAGGCCAUUCCUCUUCGCAAUAUUGCUUAA